GUCGCGUUUCGGGGCGGUGCCGAGAUGGACGCUUCACAGGCUCGGGAGCAGCUCCGGAGGCGAUUCUUGCUCCCGCCGGACGCCGAGUCCCCCCUGGAUAGCGAGGGCGACGCCAGGCCGGAAACCUCUACAGCUGUUGAGAAAAAGCAGAAAGCUCUUCCAAGACUUAAUAUCCAUUCUGGAUUCUGGAUUUUGGCAUCCAUUGCUGUGACCUAUUAUGUUGAUUUCUUUAAAAUCCUUAAAGAAAACUUUCACACUAGUAGUUGGUUUCUCUUUGGAGGUGCCUUGUUGCUUGUCAGUUUACUGAUUGCAUUUUACUGCAUAGUGUAUCUGGAAUGGUAUCGUGGGAUUGGGGAAUAUGAUGUCAAGUAUCCAAUGUUGAUACCCAUUACAACUGCUACGUUUAUUGCAGCAGGAAUUUGCUUCAACAUUGCUUUAUGGCAUGUGUGGUCAUUUUUCACUCCAUUGCUGUUGUUUACCCAAUUUAUGGGGGUUGUAAUGUUUAUCUCACUCCUUGGAUGAUCUGAAGAGAUGGUGCUCUUGCUGUGUUG